AUGGCAUCAGCACUGAGACCAUUAAGGCUACUUUUACUUGGAGCGCCUGGCUCUGGCAAAGGCACUCAAACAGCAAGAUUAUUGAAGCAAUUCCCUCAAAUUGAAUCCGUUUCUUCCGGUGAUUUGCUCCGGCAACAGAUCAAGGCUGGAACUCCAUUGGGCCAAAAGGCUUCCCUCUAUAUUAGCUCAGGAAAGCUACUAUCAGAUGAGCUUAUUACAAAACUUAUUAUAACGAACUUGUCAAAUAGGAAGUGGAUGAAUUCCAGCGCUUCUUGGUUACUAGAUGGAUUCCCACGUACCGUCAAACAAGCCGAGUUAUUGGAUGCUGAACUUGGGCGCCAUUCUGCACAAUUAAAUUUAGUUGUUCAACUGGAUGUACCAGAGAAUGUGAUUCUUGAGAGAAUAGAAAAUAGGUACGUUCAUGUUCCCAGCGGUCGAGUUUAUAAUCUGACGUACAAUCCUCCCCGCGUACCGGGAAAAGAUGACAUAACUGGAGAACCGCUCACCAAGAGAUCGGAUGAUACUUACGAGGUCUUUGGAAAGCGUUUAAAGGAAUAUAGAAGGACUGUGACGCCAUUGAUUGACCAUUAUGCGAAAUCCGGUAUCUUAGAGAAAGUCACCGGUGAAACAUCGGACAUCAUCUUUCCACAAUUGGUUAAACUUGUGUCGGAAAAGUUUGGAGAAUGA